UUUAGAAAAAUAUGAACAUAAAACAAAACAACGUAUGAGGUGGACGAAGACUUGAGGUGUAAUAAAUUUGUUUAAAAAGAGUUACAUUAGAAAUAAGUGUUGCGUUUUCUUCACCAAAAUGGGGACUGCCGGUCAGUCCAUCACGCUGGCCAAUAGUAUUAUCGGCGUGGGAAUUCUGGCUAUGCCUUUUUGUUUCCAAAAAUGUGGUGUGGUGCUAGCUACAUUAAUUCUUUUAUCAAUGGGAUUAGUAUCAAGAUUGUGCUGUUAUUUUUUACUCAAAUCAGCACUUCUAGCCAGGAGAAGGAAUUUUGAGUUUUUGGCAUUCCAUGUAUUUGGCCCUGCUGGUAAAAUGGCAGUAGAAGUGGGUAUAAUUGGGUUUCUGAUGGGCACAUGUAUUGCUUACUUUGUGGUGGUGGGUGAUCUGGGUCCACAGAUCAUAGCCAAAAUGCUGAAUAUCAACCAAAGUGAUAUUUUGAGGACAUCAAUAAUGGUUAUAGUUUCACUAGUUUGUGUGCUGCCACUGGGUUUGCUCAGAAAUGUAGACAGUUUGAGCAAUGUCAGUGCAGCCACUAUUGGUUUCUAUUUCUGUCUUGUUAUGAAGGUUAUAGCCGAGGCAGCAUCACAGCUAUUAACCGGCGAGUGGCACACUCGUAUGGAGAUGUGGAAGCCGUCAGGUUUCCUGCAAUGCGUGCCUAUCUUCUCUAUGGCGUUGUUUUGUCAAACACAACUAUUUGAAAUUUUCGAAUCUCUCCCAUCAUUGUCUUUGGAAAAAAUGAACCUGGUCACUAAAAACGCAAUAAAUAUAUGUACGGGUGUAUAUUUCACACUCGGCCUGUUCGGAUACAUCGCAUUCUGUUCACAAGAGAUAUCUGGCAAUAUUCUCAUGAGUCUCAGUCCUACUAUGACCAGUGACGUCAUCAAACUGGGUUUCGUGAUGUCUCUGGCGUUCAGUUUUCCGCUCAUCAUCUUCCCCUGCAGAGCGAGUCUUUAUUCUUUCCUCUAUAAAAAGGUACACUCGUCCCACCACGAUCACAUGGUGAACCAUUCGAUACCGGAGAGGUCAUUCCGCUGUAUCACGGUGGCUAUCAUUGCAGUGGCCCUGUUCAUCAGUCUGCUGAUUCCCAACAUAGAACUGGUACUCGGCCUGGUGGGGUCCACUAUAGGAGUGCUCAUUUGCGUGGUGUUCCCAGCGGCUUGCUUCGUCAACGUCACGUUCAAGAAUACCAACGAAAGAGUUUUGGCGAAGGCUAUACUCCUGCUGGGUCUAAUUAUAAUGGUUCUCGGCACGUACGCUAAUUUACAAGCCGCUGAGACGCAGCUAGACAGAUACGACGAUAAAUACAUAACGCAAGAACGGAUCGACAAGAUCGUUGAAGAUUUCUUUGAGAAACGAGGGAAAUUGGAAGAAAUCAAAGUGAAGCCUUUGGCAGAAAGUGUACCAAAUCCACCAGAUCCAAUCAUUAUAGACAAUAAUAUAAUAAAAGAUUCAGAAGUCCAGCCGCCAAAUCCAGUUCCGCCGGAUAUGUCAAACGAAAAAGUGCCGAACAAUCCUAUUAAAGAACUCAAAGAAAAACAUGAAGUUAUAAAAACAAGUGCCGAGAAAUUAUCAGAAUUACACCCGAAAGAUGUGAAAGCAAAAUUGAAUGAAGCGCUAUUGCAGAACGGUAAUAGUCACGAAGAAAAUAAGGAAGAAAAACCUAAAGAAGUCAAUAAUGCUAAACCUCCUAAUGAUGAUAAAAUCCACAUGUUAAAACAACAGGAGCUUAUAGAAAAAAUCAAACAACACGGCGAAGAACAACAGGAAUUAAUAAAAGAAAAGAAAGAAAUUGUAGACGAAAUUCUUAAAACCAAGAAAGAGCUACAAGAAAAUAGGGAUGAGGUUGGCAGCGCCGAAGCUAAAAAGAUAGCGGUGGAGAGCAUUAAGCAGAUUGCUAACAUGGCUAUAAAGAGUAUCGGUGGUGUGUCAGAAAAACCAGAUGGCCCAGCUGAAGAGGUUCAAAAAUCAGAAGGGUUAGGAAAAUUAACAAACAAUGCAGUACUCGAAAUAGCUAAAAAGGCAGCAGAAGCUAUACAGGAAAUUGAGGACAAACGCAGUGAUCCAGCUGCCAAUCCAGCUAAAGGUCCCGGUAAUCCUAUCAACGAAAUACCUAUUUUAAAUAUUAUACAAAAUUCCAUGAACAGUCAAGGAAAUGUAGAAAAUGGCGACGUUAUAAAAGAUGAUCCAGUACCAAAUAUUGCAGAGUCCCAAAUAAAAGAAGAAAAUAUAAAUCCAAAAUUACAAGACGUUAUCGCUAACGAACAAAAUCGAGUACCUUCUGUAGAACAAGAAAUUAAUUUAGAGAUUAUGAAAGCCGAAAAGCAUGACAUCGAAGCUUCUGAAGUAAAGCCUGAACUUGGAUCUAAUUCUAACUUAAAACAAAGUGAAACAAUGCCUAAUAAAAAGGAACAGGCUGCUGUUAAUAUAAAACAAUUAGAUACUCAAAACAGAGCCGAAAUUAAUGGCGAUGUUGAAAGCAAAACACAUAAUGUUCAACAACAAAAUUUAAAUAUGAAUAAACCGGUUAAAACUAAAUCAUUGAGUGGCCUGCAUCCUAAUAUAGAAAAGCAUGCCAUUGCGGAUUUACAACAAGAUGCAAGAAUCGAUAAGGACAUACAAAAUAAUAAUGUCAUAAACAAAAAACCAAAAUUAUUAAAUCAGCCAAGCGUAAAGGCUCAUUCGCAUUCCCCUGACGAACCACAGUCGUACAAACAAGGUGAAGACUCGCAGAAAAUAGACAGUAAACCCAGUCUUCAAAAUUUGGUUUUACCGCCAGUUAAUAACGAUAUAAAUGUUAGGAAUGAGGUUCAGAAUGGAAAGAUUCUGAAAAAGCCAGAAGCAAGUGCGAAAAAUAAACCAGAUUCGAAUGCCAAUAUCGGUGGUAAUAUUCAACCAAAUGUUCAGAACGAUUUACACUCCAGGCAAAAGAGAGACAUAGAAGAUUGUCCGAAAAAGGUUAAAGUCAAAGAAAUUUAUAGGAACGUGAUUGACAAUAAAUUAAAGAAUUCUGAAGAUAUAUUACCGCCAGUGGACUUUAACGGCGCAUUAAAAAGACAACCAGUUGACCCGAGUCUAAUGCAUCACAUUGUCAGAUCUCUAAAGAUGUACAACGAAAUGGAUAAGAAGAGAUAAAAAAAUGUUUGGUAUAUUUUUGUGCAUUUUUGUGAAGUUUCCUAGAAAUUGCUUACACUUGUAUAGAUGGAAUCGCGAAGAAUGUAUAUUUCACAAGGCAAUUUUCUAACCUUAUUUCUAUAAUUCGCAUUGCUGGGUCUAUUUUUUUAUUCAUACCAUUUCGCAUAGAAAUGUGUAUGAGAUAAAAUGAUCUUAUUUGAUUGAAUACUACCUCAGUAUAUAAGUCAUGGAAUAAGAUAUAGAAUAAGACAUAAAACUUUAACGCAUUUGCAUAGAAUUUUAUGUGUUAAGAUAUGUAUAGUUUUGAUAAUAGCUUAAAAAAUUAAGAUCGUAUCAGUGUGAGCAAUUUUUAAGUUAAUUUAUUACGAAACGUCAUCACAUUGAAUACUCCAUUGUAUGUAGUAUUAAACUUUUAUGGAGUGGACUAAUUUAAUCGUUUUUGUCAAUUUUAUUUGCGUGCGUAGAAAGGUAAUUCGUACAUGUUAGACAAUAAAUCAUGUAGUAUUUGUAUAGCAGUGGCGAGGCGUCCAUACAAUCCGAUUCCUACCGGCUUCCCUUUUAGGUUUAUGGAUGUUUGGCUUCGUUUUUAUUUUUUGUUAAAUUGCCCGCGAUAUUAACUAAGGCAAAUUUUUGCCUCGGGUUACCUUUUGAAAAAUUUCACUCUUCGUCACUGCUGUAUAGAUGGAUUUAUAUCAUCAUCGUGGGUAUUUUAAAUAUAAAUAACCGCUAUUGUCAGUUGUAAAUCACCGAAGAACAUAGAAAAUGGCAGCCAUCGGUCACGCGGUUAGACGUUUAAUGUGUGCGAGUUUACUUACGGCAUUAAUUAUUUGAAAUCAUUCAAGAAGUAUUCUCUUUUUCAUUAAUUACCUAUUUAUUAUCAUGUAAUUUCGCCAGUUGGUAAAAAUAAUACUAUUAAAUUUUUUGGUCAAAUCACAUAUGCAUUUAUUAGGUUUAUUUUUCAAAUAAAUCCUUUGGGGCAAUGUUUUAUAGUUGAGUUUAGUAGACCGUUAACUAAUUUAUUUCCAUUACUUGUUUUCACAUCAUAGUUGCCCAUUAAAUUUGAUCACAAUCAAUCAUAAUUCGCUAGCCCCCACCAAAGCUAUGACCCGUGAAAUAAUGACCUUAUUUACAUUUUAUAUAGCAACAUUGUAUUUUUAUAGUUAGCUUUACAAUCUUUGUAAUUUGGGUUAAUCCUUAUUAUUUUUGCAAUUAGAAGUUGAAGCUUGAACGUAAGGAUAUAGCGUCCAUUGCGAAUUUUUGCAUCGAUGUUGUCACGCGUUUCGCUUCUGUAUUGCUACUACCGCGAGUUUGCGUUUGCAAUUAUACAAACGCAUGAAAGAUUGCUACUAUUGUUGUAUUAAUACAAAAACCCACAAACAAGCAACAAGGCAUCGUUAACAAUGUUGUCACGAUGGAUUCAUCUUGCAACUGUUGAGUUCACAUUGAUCCCUGUCCCGAAGUUGGGCAUCGCUGCAAGAAGUCGCCGCGUGCUAGCCAUUCUUUUCUCUGUGUAUAUCUUUUUCUCUAUGAAAUAUAUUUUACAGUAUAACUUUCAGAGGCUUCUGUGUAACGUGUAGUAGAUCAUCUCAAUGUACAGUCAGCUCCAAAUUAAUGUAUACGCGGAUGAAGACUAAUUGUAUUACAAUGCAAUUAUUUAAAGUUCAAUUUAUUGCACUCCAAAAUUAUUGUAAGCAACAGGUGUUGUCUGUCGGGUACGUCUAAGGUUACAAGAGGGCUAAAAUAUAAAUGUAUUUUUUACAUUAUUAGAACUUAUAGUAGGUAUAAUAAUACUCCAAUAUAGAUCAUGAUAAUAGUGUUUCAAAAUAUCACACAUAUGGGAUAUAUGUUAAUAAUAUUUAAGUUUCUGUUUUAAAUGUAUUUGGUGUCAAGUGUUUUCUUCUUUAUUUAUUAUUAGCAUUUGCUCGCGGCUCCGCUCGCGUGCAAAAGUUUUUCUGGAAUAAAAUUACCGGUUUAUAUUUUCCCUGAAUAAAACGCCUAUAAGCACUCAGGAGUAACGCAGCUUUCAAUUAGUGAAAGUAUUCAUUCAUUAGUUCCCAAGAUUAGCGCUUUCAAACAAACAAACUUUUCAGAUAUAUAUAUUAGUAUAGAUUAUUUUAUAACGUGGGUGUAAUAAUUAUGGAAAUGAUGUGGAAUGUUUGCUUUUUGUAUACAUUGAUAUGCUGCUAACUGUACCUCUAUUUCAAAUACUACGUAAUAUAAAUUAGUGUGAUUGAAAUACUUGUUGACUGAUUAUGUGUAAAAUAAAUAUAUUUUAAUUAA